AUGGACCUAGUUCACCUGCAGUUACCUGGGCACCCACAGUUACAAAAGUGGAAACACACGCGAAAGAAGCCAUACAAGUGCGAUGUCUGUCCUGUGGGGUUCAACUGCAGCAGUCAUCUACUUGUUCACAAGGGGACGCACACCGGUGAGAAGCCAUACAAGUGUGAUGUCUGCCCUGCGGAGUUCAGCCGGAACCAGUAUCUACAGGAUCACAAGAGGACACACGCGGGUGAGAAACCAUACAAGUGUGAUGUCCACCCUGCAGAGUUCAUUCGGAAAAUGGACAUGCAGCCUCACAAGAGCCGAAACGGGUCUCUACGGGAUCACAAGAGGACGCAAGCGGGUGAGAAACCAUAUGAGUGUGGUCUCUGUCCUCCAGUGUUCAUUUACAGCAUAGACUUGAAGCGUCAGAAGAGGACGCACAUCGGUGAGAAGCCUUACAUGCCUUAA